AUGGAUGAAUGCAAUAAAGUUCAUUCACUACCCGAGAACGAUAAGGAAAAUAAUGGAAAGGGAAAACAAAUGAGCGUGCGAACAAUUAUUUCAGAUUACGGAGAACGAACGACGUUUCAUGGUUUUCGCUAUUUCAUCCUCGGUGGAAGUUUUAUAAGGCAACUCAUCUGGCUCGGUUUGAUUUUAUGUUCUUUUGCCUACUUCACUUUUAACGGUAUUAGACUUUUUACUAAUUUCUUGAACUUCCCGACAAUGACAAAGAAUGAAAUUAUCACAAAACAGAUGAUGUUGUUUCCAGCUAUAACGGUAUGUAAUUACAACCCAGUAAAAAAAAGCAAGCUACAAGCAGUACAUAACUACGCGAAUAGCCGAACCUCAAGUGUGCGUGGGCAGAGCGAAGGCGAAGAGACGAAUGAUAAUGGUAUUCGUAACCUUACAAAGAGCCGUGGUGUGGAUAUUGACAAAAUAUAUCAAAAGUAUGGCCAUCGUAUGGAUGAAGAUGGAAUGUUUGUUAGCU